CUGUGCGCGAGCGGAGUCUGAGCGGCCUCGCCUUGGAGCUGGGUACGCGGAGUUUCCCCUUCUCUUUCUCCCAGCCCGGACGCCGUCGCCGUUGCUCGGUCAUGAGGCCUGCCCGUCGUCGGCGCCCGAGCACGGCCCUGUGGCGCGGCUACUGAGCAGCCCCCCCACCGGGCGGGGACCCCUUCUCUCCCCUCCCUGCUUACAGUCGCCGCCAUGUUGGGCCGGGAGCCGCAGCGGGGCCGCCACUGAGCCCCGGAGCAAGUGAGGAGGAGGAGCCGGGGCUUGGCCACCGCCGCGCAGCUCGGCCGCCCAGCAGCAGCCAUGGCGGAGCAGACCUACUCCUGGUCCCUUAACAUGGACUUUGAGAAUCAAGACAAAGAGAAAGACAGCAGCAGCUCACCUGGGUCUUUCAAUGGCAACAGCACCAAUAACAGUAUCCAGACCAUCGAUUCCACCCAGGCACUGUUCCUUCCAAUUGGAGCAUCUGUUUCUCUCUUAGUCAUGUUCUUCUUCUUUGAUUCAGUUCAAGUAGUCUUUACGAUAUGCACAGCAGUCCUUGCAACAAUAGCCUUUGCUUUCCUUCUGCUCCCGAUGUGCCAGUAUUUAACACGACCUUGUUCUCCUCAAAACAAGAUUUCCUUUGGCUGUUGUGGACGUUUCACUGCUGCUGAACUGCUUUCAUUCUCCCUGUCUGUCAUGCUUGUCCUUAUCUGGGUCCUAACUGGCCACUGGCUCCUCAUGGAUGCUCUGGCGAUGGGCCUGUGUGUUGCAAUGAUUGCCUUUGUUCGGCUGCCGAGCCUCAAGGUUUCCUGUUUGCUGCUUUCGGGGUUACUAAUUUAUGAUGUCUUUUGGGUGUUUUUUUCUGCCUACAUCUUUAAUAGCAAUGUUAUGGUGAAAGUGGCCACGCAACCAGCUGAUAAUCCCCUUGAUGUUUUAUCCCGGAAGUUGCAUCUGGGACCAAAUGUAGGUAGAGAUGUUCCCCGCCUGUCACUGCCUGGCAAGCUUGUCUUUCCAAGUUCCACAGGCAGCCACUUCUCUAUGCUGGGGAUUGGAGAUAUUGUGAUGCCAGGUCUUCUGCUCUGCUUUGUCCUGCGUUAUGAUAACUACAAAAAACAAGCCAACAGUGAUUCCUGUGGUACUCCAGGACCUGGGAACAUCUCUGGACGUAUGCAGAAGGUCUCCUAUUUUCACUGCACACUCAUUGGAUACUUUGUAGGUCUCUUAACUGCAACAGUGGCUUCUCGCAUUCACCGGGCCGCACAGCCUGCCCUGCUCUAUUUGGUACCAUUCACUUUAUUGCCGCUCCUCACCAUGGCUUAUUUAAAGGGUGAUCUACGUCGCAUGUGGUCUGAACCUUUCCACUCCAAGUCCAGCAGCUCCCGUUUCCUGGAAGUAUGAUGGAAUAGAUGGAAAGUGACUGGAACUUCUGCCUUGGUCCUUUUCUCUUAACUUGUGGUUUUGUCUCCUAAAGCUGGACUGGUACUCAGAAAGGUACCAGUUUAUGGAACUUGUAUGAAUGGACCUUGCUUUUUUUUUUCUUUUUAAUACAAAGGUUCUGGAGCUCCGUUUGAUUCCUUUUCUCCCUGCAGAUGUGGAAUUGGGGACACUUUGUGCAACUGCAGCCACCUUCCUCUUCUCCUCCCCCUCUUUUAUGGAUUAGUACCAGACUGUUACUUUUGUGAGAAAGGAGGAGACUAACUUUAAACUGAAAACGGCAUGAAGUCGUUCAGAAACUUGCGAACACUAAAAGGAAAAACAAUUAAGCAAAUGGAAGUUUCUUCAGAGAGCCCCCAAGUACUUUGGGACCAGUUUCCUGUCAGACUUCAGUUUUGGAGAGAACUGAGACAGAAACUCUGUCACUAUAUUCUUUUUUUGAUUUAUUAAAUAUUUCCUGUGGUGUGAGGUGACUUAUUAAAUCCACAGACAUUGAGUGACUUAUUGCAGUAUACAUAUAAGAAUUUGUUGUAGCGAGUUACGUUUCCACCCAGAUGUCAUGUUGCAGUGAACAAGGGCACGAUUUUUAUACAUACAUAUAUAUAUAUACACACACACACGCGCGCGCGUAUAGAUAUAUAUAUGAAUAAAUAAAAAGGAAAACCUGCUAAGAUCAUGCUAUGUAGCAGUCAGGGGCUUGCUGUAAUUUUUAGCAUGUAGAGCAGUUUACUAUGGCUUUCUUGUAUAUGACUCUACGAUAAGCUGCUGUUUUUUCCCCCUCCACAGCGGAACCCACAGUGAAAAACCAGUGUAGUAUUUGUACUGAUUGUACUCAUGGACUUUAGGGGAGUAUUUGAUUUUGAUCAAUGUAGCAAACUAGGGAAGAAAAAAGUUUAAACCCUUACCCUUUUCUUUUUUUUAAUUAACUUCUCCCUUGCAGGUUUUUUAGUAGUUCCUUCUUGACCCAAUGCAUGUAUUAUAGCAGCAAUUGUCUUUGUGCGUUCUGAUCAUAGUAAUGUACCACUUGUAAAUACAUUUUUUCUAUUUUUUUUGUA